AUGUCCAGCAAGCGAAAGAGAGACCUUCUCGAGACCUUCGACCCGAACAAGUCUGAUUCUGAGGAUGAGAAUUUCGAUCCCACCGAAGCUCGUCCUCGCAAAACCUCGCGAAAAGCUCGAUCUUCAAGGAGGGGGAAGCCUUCGCGAAAGAAGUCUAGCCGUCGCUAUCGAGGAUCCGACAUCGAUGACGACGACGACGAAUUAUCUGACAGCCAGGAAGAUUCAUUCGAUGACGAAGAGUCUGAGGAGUCUGAGGACGAGGACGCCCCGAAGAAUGCUGCUGGCCGUCGAGCUCGAAAAGUCACAACUCAACAACACAACUAUAAAGAAAGCUCCGAGGAUGAAGAAGUAGUAGGAGAAGAGAGUCCAGACGAUGCCGAGGGCGAUGAUGUCGCUGAAGAGCUGGAACCCCCUCCACAGAGAGAAACACGAGCUCGGCGUCUAGUCAAGCUCAAAGUACCUACCCCAGCAAAGCCUCAGGCGACACGACGUAUGACACGCGCCACUACAGAGGAUGCUGAGGAACUUGUUGAGCUUUCCAACUCUGGCAACCAUGCAAUCCCCUCGCGCGCCUCGCGAAGCAAGAGCCCCGAAGCUCUUCGCCGUGCCCGGUCGUCUCGCUCCGCUAAGACUGUUGUUAAGCCCGAGGCUACUAUAGAGGAGGCGACCCAAGAGAACAGCUCGAAAGAGAUACCCGAUGCUGAUGAACCUGACGAACUCUCCCAAGAGUACGCCGACCAGGAAGCAAAGAAAGAAGCAGAGGCGCUGGAGCCGGUCUCAGGAGAUAUCCCCAUCGCCGAUGAUCAAGAGGCCGAUGCUGCAGCAGAACCUGCCGCCGAGGAUGAGGACGAAGAUGAUGACGUCCCAAUUACCCGCCGAACUAGAGGCUCACGCGCCAACAUUGAGGAAGAACCAGCCGAGCCUGAAGAUGCCGAGGGUGACGCUGUUGACACCGAACAAACCGGCCAACCCCGUCGGCUUACUCGCAGAUCGGUUCUCAAGAAGAAAUCAGCAGCGGAACCUAGUAGUGAUUUUGAUCCUGGCGAGGAGUCGGACGACGAUGCCGCUCUCUCCGGAAAGGGGGAAAACGAAGACAAUGAGCCGGAUAGCCCCACCCCCCGGGGACGCGCAGGGAGGAGAACCCGCCCGUCGCGCGGCGGUGGCGGGGCUGACUCUGCCGAAGAGGAGCCCGAUUUCGACAUGGACGAACUCAAUGAAGAAGCCCGCGAGUUGAGAGCUGGUUCGCGACCUCGCCGCCGACGACAACGUGAGGAAUCUCCCAUCAUAUUUGAGGAGAAGAACAGGCGUUCCAGAAACAAGGUCAAUUACUACAUGCCUCCGCUCACUGCUGCCAUUGUCGAGGAGGAGGAGGACCCUGCACCCACGCCAGGGAGGUCUCGUCGUGGUCGUGGGGCUGCUGCCACUAACUGGGAGCGCAACCUCAACACCACAUUCGGCCCCUUUGGAGGAGGCGGAGGAGGAGGCUCGCUUCUCACUGGGCCCUGGGGAACCGGAGCAACUGGUGGCGUGGAUUCGGAUAGCAGUGAUGAUGAAAUGGUGCAUCGCUCCAACGUUGCUGGCAACAUUGGAAUGACCCCAACAUCCGCAGCCCCCGCUGGUGGCCUCUUACCUGGUGGCCAGGGGUUGGCCGCUGAGACUCCUAAUGUCGGAAAAAUUAAGGAUCGCAAGGCACUGGCUGAUGCUGAUCCCCUUGGAGUUGACAUGAACGUUGAUUUCAGCAAAGUCGGUGGUCUGCAGGGCCACAUCGAUCAACUGAAGGAAAUGGUGCAGCUCCCACUUCUGUACCCAGAACUCUUCGCCAAGUUUCAUGUUACACCCCCUCGAGGAGUUCUGUUCCAUGGACCGCCCGGUACCGGUAAGACUCUUCUUGCACGAGCCCUUGCCAACUCUGUUGGCUCAGGUGGCAAGAAGAUAUCCUUUUACAUGCGCAAGGGUGCCGACGCUCUUAGUAAAUGGGUUGGUGAGGCUGAAAAGCAGCUUCGACUUCUCUUCGAGGAGGCUAGGAAGACACAGCCCAGUAUUAUCUUCUUCGAUGAAAUCGAUGGAUUGGCUCCUGUGAGAUCUAGUAAACAAGAGCAGAUCCAUGCCUCCAUUGUUUCCACCUUGCUCGCUCUGAUGGAUGGUAUGGAUGGACGUGGACAGGUUAUUGUGAUUGGUGCCACCAACAGACCCGACAACAUUGAUCCGGCACUUCGACGACCAGGUCGUUUUGAUAGAGAAUUCUACUUUCCUCUGCCAGACAUCGAUGGCCGUCGCUCGAUUAUCAACAUCCACACCGAGCACUGGGGUCUCGCUGAUGACUUUAAGCAUGCGCUGGCACAACAGACCAAGGGUUAUGGUGGUGCUGAUCUCCGGGCUCUGUCUACGGAGGCCGCUCUCAACGCUAUCCAGCGAACAUACCCUCAGAUUUACUCUUCCAAGGAGAAACUCAUUGUCAACCCUGAUAAAAUCAGCGUUCACGCAUCGGAUUUCAUGAUGGCGAUUAAGAAGCUGAUCCCGUCCUCUGAGAGAUCUGCGACAUCUGGUGCUCAGCCACUUCCAAAAUCCAUUCAUGAUUUGCUGUCUGAUCAGUUCGAAGCUGCAAAGCAGGCACUGGAUGAAGUUCUCCCUCGGAAGAAGAAGAUGACAGCCCUUGAGGAAGCCAUGUAUGAGCAGUUUAACGAUGCGGAUCAUGGAUUUGGACGAGAGGUUUUGCACCAAGAGUUUGAGCGAUCGCGUGUGUUCAGACCUCGCUUCAUCAUUCAUGGCGCGCACGGCAUGGGCCAAGGAUAUCUUGCCUCAGCUAUUCUGCACUAUCUUGAAGGUGUUCACGUGCAGAACUUUGAUCUGCCUAGCUUGUUGAAUGACGGCCGAGCUAUGGAGCAGGUGAUUGUUGGCCUUUUCACAGAGGUUCGACGCCAUAAACCUAGUGUCAUCUAUAUUCCUAAUAUUGAUGCUUGGUAUGCGUCGCUCAAAGGAACGCUUGCAAUGAUCACCUUCCAGACCAUGUUGCGGUCAAUCCCUCCAACGGACCCCGUGCUCGUUUUCGCAACAGCAGAGUGCGAACAGAAUGAUCUUCCAGCUGAAUUGUUCCGAGACUUCUUUGGGUUCUCACGCAAAAAUCGGAUGGAGAUACCUCGACCUACAGCUAUAAAUCGCAGAAAGUAUUUUGCGGCGGCUCUUGGUUUCAUCAAGAAGAAGCCUGCAGACUUUCCUGACCCCGAGAAUCGUAAAAAGCGUGUUUUGGAGGUUCUUCCAGUGGCUCCUGCACCACAGCCAAAGCCUCCUACCAAGGCUGAGAUGAAGGCCUUGAAGAAGAAGGACCAUCAGUUGCUCAACACGCUGAAGAUUCAGCUACAGCCCAUCAUGGACCAGAUCAACCGGAAGUACAAGAAGUUCAGACAGCCCGUGAUCCCGCAAACGCAAAUCGAUUACUUGUUUGCUGAAUCGGACCCUAACUUUGUGAGUCCUGACGUCACAGAAGGUCUGCACCGACCCUUCACGAUUGUCAAGGACAAGCAUGGCAAUGAUGUCCUCAUGGACACUGCAACCGAAAAGACAUAUUACAAUUUGGAGACGACGACGAUCGAGGAGCGACUGUCCAACGGUUUCUACGCCCGCCCUAAAGAUUUCUUAUUUGAUAUCCGAAGCCUGUCAAAGGACGCCAAGAACAUCGGAGACAAGGAACGCACUUUGAAGGCCAAUGAGCUUUUGAGCAAUGUAGAGGUUGAUGUCGCUAGCAUCGAACAAAGUACAUCUGCCAUUGACUGGGAAGGUCUCUAUACCCGACAAGUGCUGCGAGCCAAGGAGCAGGCCGAGAAGGAGCGGAAGAGGCAAGCGAUGCAAUUGCUCGUUGACAGGGUGCAGUCAGACCUUGGUGGCAACGGCAAUGACAGCGACUCGCAAGGUCCUGUCACCCUGGGCGAGUCUGUACCAGGCUCCCGAACUACGGCUCGGUUCCAGGUGAGAAGUCCGUUAGUCAACCCGCCUGUCUCAGCUGAACAGGACCCUCAACCUGUCAGUAAUGGCACCUCGCAUGCUGCAGAUGGCGAUGUCCAGAUGAGUGGGGUGGACGACGAUACUCAACUAGAGUCCGAGACGUCCGGCAUGCCCCCUCCAAAGGCGGCUGGAACUGGGAUGACGCAAAUCUCCCAGAGAUCAGCGGUCACUUCGCUACCUCCUGGGGUAUCGCCUUCUGCGGUUAUUAAUGAUGCCUCCACGACCAAGACAUCUGAUCCAUCAACGCACCGAUCUUCAAACUGGAGUACGCAGUUGACGAACGGUAAUCAUGACGAACAUAACCAAAGCGGAUUGGGAGACCACGAUGAUGAUAUUCCCGACACGGCCCCAAUGCCAAGCCAGGUGACGUCCAGCGGAGAAGACGUGUGGGUGCACUCGCAAGCACAGGCCCUACGAAGCAAUGUUGCUGCUGGCGAGUCUCACGCUACGACGAGCGGUAGCCCGCCAUCCCCGCAGUCGUUUGCUCAGCGCACCCCCUCAAGCACCAAAUCCCACGGUAUUGGUGUGUUGGAUAUACUGAACACUCAGUCAGAUGAUGUUCGUCACUCGAACUCAUCUUCCCAACCGCUUGGCCUCGACCCUGCCAUUGACGCAUUCCUGGAGUUCAUGACAGACAAAACAUCAGGAUGCACCAUUGAACAGCUCGAGCAGAUCAACCGAGAACUCAUGGAUGAGAUCUGGCGUAGCAGGAAUGAGUGGAAUCGCCUUACGGUACUCAAUCACGUAAAGAGCGUGUUCAACCUUACGAUCGAUGACAUCGAGCGUAUGCAAGGGAUGGGCCCGCUCAGCCAGACGCGCCCUAGUAUGGUCUCUUAG